ACUGUAUUAAAAGUAUACGACAUAUGGUUUUUUGCCAUCAAAUGUGUUAAUAAAAUAUACAAUCAAUUGAAUGAAUCAAUUUGUAUGUAAAAUAGUUUCACAAUUAUUAUUAUAAUUAUUUUUAAAUCAACUAAUUAUUUAACUAAUAAUAACUAUUAUUAUUAUUAAUAAUAACUAUUAACAACUGUAUUGACAUAAGACAACCACUAUAUAUAUAAAAAACAGAUCCACUAAUCAGUGAAUCAAUCGUUACAAUCACUGCCAUCAACGAUGACAAUCAGUAGACAAUCAUCAACAUCAUCAUCGGUGGUCAUAGUAUUGRUGGUUAUCAUUGCAACCGUAUCGGUAAUGACCACCAAUGCUGACCUUUGGAAAGACUUGUUCGGUGUUGUGGCGACACCGUUAUGUGCGGCCAUCAACGCUAAUGAAGUGGCCAAAUGUGGCCAAGAGUUCAAACGACAAAUUGAUUUGACCGACCGAUUGCCCGACUGGUAUGAACUACAGCGACGACAGAUGUGCUGUUCAAUGCAAAGAUUGCGACAAUGUUUUGUCGAUAAAGUGGGCGAUGACUGUCCCGUCGGUGUCAAGAGUAAGACAGUGGACGGAUUGGUCGGCGGGGUAUUCAAGACGGUUGAGAAGGCGGCUAAUGUUGACUGCAAAUGGUAUGACGAUAGUUCGUGGCUGUGCGCACCCGACUAUGUGACCAUUCCUGUAGCGGCCGCUCUACUGUUCCUAAUGCUGGUCACCUGUUGCUACUGUUGUACGUCUUGUUGUCGACGCAGCGAUCGUCGUCGCGAUCGUAAACACGUAGCCGUCAUUAAUAAUGGUCAUCACUAUGAGCCGUCGGCACCGCCACUGUCCUCGUCAACCAACUAUCAGUUGCAACCCUUAAUUCAGACGCCAAAAAAAUUCUAGUCAAUCGGCCGUCGGCUAUAUAUUGAAUAUAUAAUAGUUAUCAUUUGCAUACCGGCGCUGAUCUUAAAAAAAAUUAUGAUUUAUUUUGUCAGAAAAAAAGAGGAAAAUAUUAUAUAAUUAGACAAUUGUUUUGAAAACAAAUCGUAUUUUUUUGACUAUAAUUUAUAAUCAAUAACUAACUAAAUUAAUACACUAUGAUUGUAAUAUAUAAUUAUCGGUAAUUACU